AUGUUGUUUAGGGUUUGUUCUGAUAAUAGGUUGUUUCCAGAGGCGGUUAGGGUUUUUGAUUAUGUGGAGGAAAAGGGGUUUGUGAUAGAGGAGAGGUCUUGUUUUGUGCUUUUGCUUGCUUUGAAGAGAUGUGGUGAGAUUGAGUUGUGUCUUAGAUUCUUCCGCCGGAUGGUUGAGUCUAAUGGAAUUGAAAUUAGGGUUCAGUCUUUGACACUUGUGAUUGAUGGCUUGUGUAAGAGAGGAGAGGUUGAGAAAGCUAAGGAGUUGAUGGAUGAGAUGGUCACUAAAAGCAUUGUGAAACCGACUGUGUUUACUUACAAUACGUUGUUGAAUGCGUAUGUUGGAAGAAAGGAUCGAAGUGGAGUUGGUGAGAUACUGAGGUUGAUGGAGAAGGAGCCGGUUGUUUUUAGUGUGGCGACUUAUAGUAUUUUGAUUCAGUGGUAUUCUAGUUCUGGUGAUAUUGGGGAAGUGGAGAAGAUAUUCGAGGAAAUGCGUGAAAGAAAAAUAGAAAUUGAUGUUUAUGUUUAUUCGUCCAUGAUAAGUUGGAGUUGUAGGUUGGGAAAUAUGAAAAGGGCAUUUGCGUUGUUUGAUGAGAUGGCUCAGAGAAAUGUUGCUCCUAAUGCACAUACUUACGGCGCGUUGAUUGGUGGUGUGUGUAAGGCUGGUCAAAUGGAAGCUGCGGAAAUCUUGUUGGAAGAGAUGCAAAGUAAGGGAAUUGACCUAAAUAUGAUAAUAUUUAACACGAUGAUAGAUGGCUACUGCAAAAGAGGAAUGAUGGAUGAAGCUUUGAGGCUGCAAACGAUCAUGGAAAGGAAAGGAUUCAAUGCAUAUGUGUUUACAUUCAACAUUCUUGCAAAUGGGCUAUGUAAAUUGCAUAGGGUAGACGAGGCGCUUAAAAUUUUCGAUGAGAUGAGGUCAAAGGGGAUAACUGGAAAUGUCGCAACGUAUACAUCACUUAUUUCAGGUUUAUCCAAGGAGGGGAGAGCAGAUGAAGCAUUUAAGUUGUAUGAUGAGAUGAUAAAAAUGGGCCUAAUACCUGAUGAUAGAGUUUUUUCCGCACUUGUUGGUAGUCUUCACAAACCUCUCACUCAUGCUGGUCUAAAACAAAAUGAGUAUGAGGAUCUAAAGUAG